AAACCCAAACAAAGACGUAAAAGCGUUCUCAGAUUCUACUUCCGGUGGUUUUCGCCCCGCGCCGCUCCGCUGUGAAGAUGCCGAAGUUUUAUUGUGAUUAUUGUGACACAUACCUGACGCACGAUUCGCCAUCGGUCAGAAAGACACACUGCAGCGGACGAAAACAUAAAGAAAACGUGAAAGAUUAUUAUCAGAAAUGGAUGGAGGAGCAGGCUCAGAAUCUCAUCGACAAAACCACGGCUGCUUUCCAGCAGGGUAAAAUCCCGCCCACCCCGUUCCCAGGAGCCCCUCCACCUGGCGGGUCUCUGCUGCCGCAUCCAAAUAUCAGUGGACCUCCGAGGCCGGGCAUGUUACCAGCUCCACCCAUGGGUGGUCCUCCCAUGAUCCCCAUGAUGGGUCCCCCUCCUCACGGCAUGAUGCCCGGAGGACCAGGUCCAGGUAUGCGGCCACCGAUGGGCGGGCCUAUGCAAAUGAUGCCUGGGCCACACAUGAUGCGACCUCCCACUCGGCCAAUGAUGCCGGCCGUUAGACCCGGUAUGGUGCGACCUGAUCGGUAAAGCUACGGUGCCACAGAUGACUCGGCCAAAUAUCUACACUGGUUUUACAGUCGAUCUAAGAGUUUUAUCACCCAUUUGUGUUUUAUGAUGACUAAUGUCCGCGGUCCGCUCGAGUGACUCAGAUUACCACAAAUUUUUGUAAAAUCUAACGAACCUUCCAUUGGCUUUCAUUUCAUAUUUAUGACAGACCAGAGGGUGUUGCGUAAUGGGUUUGUGUCGGAUGUGAAUUUAUUACGUUUUUUUAAUUUACUGUUGGGAUGAUUUUCAGCUUUUUGUUUUUUCCAAGUUUUUUGAGAAAAUAAAG